CUCAGAUACAGGCUCACUGGCAAUUCAUCAACAAAAAAUGACAUAAUCAGCAGGUAUGAAAUUUAAUUAAAAGUGAAUUUCGAAUGGAAUAAUCAAAAUAGAAAGGGGAUUCCGUGUGAAAUUCAUCAACAAGAAUAGAGAUUUCCUGAACACAACAAAACUCUUGUGGCAAUUCCCCAACAACAUCAUCAUCCAGUUCAAAAUCAUGUAUUUGUCUAUAGUUGGACAAUAUUCAACAAAAUUAUUCGUUUUCUUCAAUUGUCUUUUUAUUGUAAGCGAUAAUUUCCAUUGAUUUGUUUCUCUGUUGUUCUAUUCAUUUCAUUCUUUAUGAUGCAAUAUAGACAAUUGACAGUAUUGUGGUUGUAUACGGCAUGAAACUACCAACCAAUUUAUUUGGAUAUAAGAGGAUUUUACAAGCAACUACACCACCCAUCUUCCUAACUGCUAUUUUCUCAGGAACUCUUGGUAUAUUAGCUGCAUGCAUCGGAAUAUUAGCAAUAUUGAGUGAAAGAAACAUGAUCAUGUAUCUGCAUCUAUGUACUUUGACCAUUGUAAUACUUAUGGAAAUAGGCAUAGUGUUGACAUCCUCUUUAAUGAAAGAUCAAUUCUUCACUGAAGCUCAUCGUUCGUUAAAUACGAAUGUUAAACAAUAUUGGACAAAUCUUCGUUAUCAAAUAGAAUUUGAUGAUUUACAAACAACAUUCCGUUGUUGUGGGGCUGAUUCAUCCAACGAUUAUCCACAUAUUAAACAACUUAUACCGAUUUCAUGCUUGUCUGGAAUAAAACCAUAUUCACUGGGAUGCAUUGAUGCAUUGAAUGGAUUUGUACAAUAUUACAAAAACAUUCUGAUCUAUUUAUGCUUCAGUUUUGGAAUAAUUCAUGGUAUCUACUUGGUGUUCUCAGUUGUGAUGGUUUGUAAAUCUAAACAUGGGAACAUUCGAUCGACACAAACCUCUUGUUGAAAUGAAACGAAGACUACUGAUGAGGAUUAAAUGUUGGCCGAAAUUUCGCAUGAAUAACGCUUAAUUAUUGUUGAUAAAACACUAUUACACUUUUACGUAACACUUGUUUCAUCAAUUUGUAACUUAUACAUUUCAUUUGUGUAAUAAAUCGCACUACGAAUACAGAGUUACUUGGUGAAAUUUAAUAAUCAUAGUCUAACACUUUAUUUGCAAAACGUUCAUUAUUUGUUUCAGACUUUAUUGUUUCUGCAUUACUAUACCAAUU